CGCGAUCAGCAGUAAAACUUCACAACCAUGGCACCGAAGCAGAACUUAGCGGCCGUCUUGCAUGGACCAAACGAUCUGCGCAUCGAGGAACGGCCCAUGCCGCAGCCGGCGUCGAACGAAGUCCUGCUGGAGAUCGACAGUUGCGGCAUCUGCGGUACGGACAUCCACUUUCUCAAGGAAGGUGGUUUUGGGUCCGAGAUGUUGAUACGACCGUUGGUGUUGGGUCACGAGUCUUCCGGUGUAGUCCGUCAGCUAGGCCGUGAUGUGAAACACCUGAAGGUGGGCGAUCGGGUUGCGAUCGAACCUGCUGCCGGUUGCCGCAUGUGCGAUCUGUGUAAAGUGGGCAAGUACAAUGUCUGCUUAAACGGACGGCAUUGUCCUACACCCAAUCACGAUGGAAAUUGUUCCAACUACUUCACCAUGUAUGCGGACAACUGUUUCAAGCUACCGGAUCACGUUUCCAUGGAGGAAGGUGCCAUGUUAGAGCCGUUGGCGUGUGCGAUAUAUGCGGCUCGACGCGCCGAGAUACCCCUUGGUAGUAGGGUCGUAAUUUUCGGUGCCGGUCCAAUUGGAUUGAUGUGUUUGAUUGCGGCUAAAGCUAUGGGAGCUACUCGAACAGUGGUUCUAGACCUGGCGAGAGUUUCACAUCGCUUGGAGUUGGCCAAAAAGCUUGGCGCAACAGGAGUUAUUGCCAUAGGGACUAAAGAUCGUGAAGAUGAUCUGGUACAGAAAAUAAAGGCGAUUCUAGGUGGACCCGCUGAUCGAGUACUGGAAUGCAGCGGUUCCCAACCGGGUAUGAGGAUAUCAAUCAAAUCGACCCGUAAUGCCGGUAAGAUCUGUCUGGUAGGCCUUGGCAAUCAUGACGUGCAGCUACCCAUGGUGGACGCCAUUUCCCGUGAAAUUGACAUUACUACCUCUAUGAGGUUUAAUCACGACUUUCCGGCGGCGUUGGAGGUGGUGGCCAGUGGCUAUGUCAACAUCAAACCAUUAGCGUCCCAUCACUUUGAUCUGAAAAACGUUCAUGAGGCAUUCAGGGUGGCCGAGCAAAGUGAGGGCAACAAAGUGAUUAUCCAUCUGGUUCCCCGUGAUACGAACAACAGGAGCAAGUUUUCCAACUAGAAUUUGGAAUGGGAAAUAAAUGUUGGAAAUUUGAAGUGGUGAUUAGCUAAGCUAAACAAACAGGAGAAUAUACAGAUUUAAAAAAACGUAAAAAAUACGCAUGUGCAGAACAAAGAUGACACUCU